AUGCAACUAAACUUCAGGCUAAUGAUGAAAUUCAUCAUUCAAAAAGAAUCGAGCGGUUCUGGCCGAUGCGGACUGUUAGCAGAAUUUGGUCGCCAUGGUGAUAAAACUUUAGAGACGCCUGCUUGCAUGAUGUAUACAAGGGGAGGAAGUUCACCACAUAUUUCUGGAGAACUUUUGGAUUUUGUGAAAAACACUUCUGGAUUGGUGCACAUACCUUUAAAUCAUUUCAUUGAACACCAAGAAACUCUAGAAGAUUUCAAAAAAGGAAUUGCAGAAUUUACUUCUAUGACUAAAGGCUCCAUUUUCUGCUCUGUCCAUGAUCCUGCUGUUGAAGUAGCAUCAGGUUAUAAUGACAAAAAUGGUGUUGCCCUUUGGAGUCGAUGUGGCAAAACAAUGGUUAAUGUUGAUAGUUUCAUGAGAUCAAUGGAAGCCAUGUUCCCUGAUUGGUACCAAGCUUUGAGUGACAGUGAUACAGAUAUAAAUUCUUCUAAUAAACGUAUCCUCAAAUCUGUGGACAGAACUUUGGCAUUUCUGGAUAAAAUUGUAGAAAAGCACCAAUCUUCUGAGAGAUUACAAAAGUCUGCUCUCUUUGGUUCCAUAGAAGGCGGUUAUAAUAUUAAAGAAAGAAAACGUUCAGCUAAAGAAACAGCAACCCGACCAGUGCAAGGAUUUGUAAUUGAAGGUUUCCACAGGUUUGGUGCUUCAGCUGAUAUUGUCAAAAUGGAUAAAAUGGCUGAGGUUUUAGCAGAAACAACUAAAAUUUUACCAGAAGACAAACCUCGUCUGAUGCAAUCAGUAUGGAAACCUGAUUUGGUGUUACAGGCAGUCCAGUUGGGAGUAGACAUAUUUGACAGCUCAUACCCUUAUUUGGUAACAGAAAAAGGAGCAGCUUUAGUUUUUGAUUUUCAGUAUAAUGACAAUGCAGUUUCGCCUUCAGAAUCUGAAGAUGAUGGCCACCAGUUUUCAUGCUUUGAAAUUGACCUUGCAGACAAAAUCUACAGUGAUGACUUCACUCCCAUUCUUACUGAGUGCCGAUGUUACACGUGCCUAAAUUUCACCCGAGCCUACAUCCAUCAUCUUUUAAAUACAUCAGAGAUCUUGGCCAGUGUCCUGCUGAUGCUUCACAACUUCAGCCAUUAUUUCCAUUAUUUUGUGGCCAUUCGGCAAGCCAUGUUGGAGGACAAAUUAUCACACUUACAAAAACUGAUUGACCAACAAAGACCAGUGGCCAAACAAGAUGAAGAAGAAAAUCUUGACUCAUAA